AUGAAGGAGAAAUAUGUGUUUUCAGCUAUAUGCCCGACCUACACAGCAUUCAGUUCCUGGUACUCGAAGUUCAAUCUAGGCCUUAACCCUGACUUGAAAUGGGACCCAAGACUUUCUCGUGAGGCUUGUGACGAGGCAAGACGUCGAAGAACUUCCGAUGCACCCUAUAAAUUCAAGGCAGAUAAACGCUUUAUGGUAUUUGCAUCUCCCGAAAAGAUGGUUAAGGAGGUCCUGGAGGACGCUUCGCAGGAUGAAACAAAAACCAAAAUUAAUACACCACAUUUCCUCGUAUGA